UAGCACGGGUACGUUCUAGUUAUUUAAAAUGAGCUGUAACAUCGCAGAGAGCUGAAAUUGGCGAGAACCGAGAAGCAUCAGACUUGAGGUCGCCGGCGAUCAGGCCGUCUCCUCUGUAAAUUCACCUCCUUCUGCGAUCACUUCUUCCUGAAACAUCACAAUUUCUUACUUCACCUAAAAAAUGGCGGAUUCGUCCGGCAUGACGCUGAUGGAUCUCAUGACGUCUGACCCUAAGGCGGCGCCGCCACCACCAUCUUCGUCGGCUACUACUGCGCCAAUGCAAGUGGCUCCGUCUACCACGAUGCCGCCGCCUUCGUCUCUGGGAAAACCUGUUACUGAUCGCAAAUCGAAGAAGACACACACUACGUUAACGUCGUUACACCAUGACACACUUUCUGCUGCUAGAGCUGUUCGUGCUAAUAUCUUGCCCCAAAAGCAGAAGAAAAGGCCAGUUUCAUAUGCGCAACUUGCAAGGAGCAUACAUGAACUAGCAGCUACAUCUGAUCAAAAAAAUUCCCAGAAGCAAUUGGUGAAUCAUGUAUUUCCGAAGCUUGCUGUGUAUAACUCUGUCGAUCCUUCACUGGCUCCAUCCCUUCUUAUGCUUCUUCAGCAGUGUGAAGAUAGAAAUGUUCUACGAUAUGUCUAUUAUUACUUGGCAAGAAUUUUAUCAGAUACUGGUUCACAAGGUCUAGGUACAGGUGGUGGCAUACCAACUCCUAAUUGGGAUGCUUUAGCGGACAUUGAUGCUGUUGGUGGGGUUACUAGAGCAGAUGUUGUUCCAAGAAUAAGCCAGCAACUUACUACGGAGUCAUUAAAUGAAGAUGUUGAGUUUCAUGCACGAAGACUACAAGCAUUGAAGGCUCUUACAUAUGCUCCAUCAAGCAACCCUGAAAUUCUUAUGAAAGUGUAUGAAAUUGUCUUUGGAAUUCUUGACAAGGUUGCAGAUGGACCCAACAAACCAAAAAAGGGGAUAUUUGGGACAAAAGGUGGUGAUAAGGAGUUCAUUGUCCGGAGUAAUUUGCAAUAUGCUGCCCUGAGCGCAUUGAGAAGACUUCCUUUAGACCCAGGAAAUCCAGUGUUCCUGAAUCGAGCUGCACAGGGGAUUUCAUUUGCUGAUCCUGUUGCUGUGAGACACUCUUUGGAGAUACUAUCUGACCUAGCAGCUAAAGACCCUUAUGCUGCUGCAAUGACAUUAGGAAAGCAAAUUGCAUCCGGAGGUGCACUUCAUGAUGUUCUCCAUUUGCAUGAUGUGCUUGCUAGAGUUGCCCUUGCAAAAUUGUGCCAUACAAUUUCAAGAGCACGGGCUCUAGAUGAAAGGCCUGAUAUUAAAACUCAGUUUAAUUCACUGCUCUAUCAACUACUCCUUGAUCCAAGUGAAAGAGUUUGCUUUGAGGCUAUCCUGUGUGUUUUGGGAAAAUAUGACAACUCUGAAAGGACUGAAGAACGAGCUGCUGGAUGGUAUCGUUUGACUAGAGAGAUCUUGAAGCUGCCUGAUGCACCAUCUGUAUUGUCAAAAGAUGCUAAGAAAGAUUCCAAGGAUGAAGCUAAAGAUGUGCUCCCUCCAAAGUCAGCCAAAGACAAAUCGAAGAAAACAAGGCGUCCUCAGCCCCUUAUUAAACUUGUCAUGAGAAGGCUGGAGAGUGCUUUCCGUAGUUUCUCAAGGCCUGUAUUGCAUGCUGCUGCAAGGGUUGUGCAGGAAAUGGGAAAAAGCCGAGCUGCAGCUAUCUCUGUUGGUUUACAGGAUAUUGAUGAACGAGACUACGUUAAUACAUUUUCUGAUACACAAGAUGAUCCUGAUGUUAGUGACAGCUCCCAUCCUGAAGGUAUUAGAAGAACAAUUUCUGGCUCAAAUGGAACUGGUGCAAGGGAUACAAUAGCAAGCUUAUUAGCUUCAUUAAUGGAAAUAGUGCGGACAACAGUAGCCUGUGAAUGUGUUUAUGUCCGUGCUAUGGUAAUCAAAGCAUUGAUCUGGAUGCAAAGUCCUCAUGAAUCAUUUGAUGAAUUAAAAUCCAUCAUUGCAUCAGAGCUGUCCGAUCCUGCAUGGCCAGCAGCACUGUUGAAUGAUGUUUUGCUGACUCUCCAUGCUCGGUUCAAGGCAACUCCAGAUAUGGCUGUUACUCUACUAGAAAUUGCUAGGAUUUUCGCCACAAAGGUUCCUGGAAAGAUUGACGCAGACGUGCUACAACUUUUAUGGAAAACUUGCCUUGUGGGGGCUGGUCCAGAUGGCAAACACACUGCUUUAGAAGCAGUGACCAUCGUCCUCGAUUUACCACCUCCACAGCCAGGUUCAAUGGCUGGCAUCACUUCUGUGGACAGAGUAUCAGCUUCUGAUCCAAAGUCUGCUUUGGCUUUACAAAGAUUAGUCCAAGCAGCAGUAUGGUUUCUUGGCGAAAAUGCGAACUAUGCCGCAUCUGAAUAUGCUUGGGAAUCAGCAACACCCCCAGGUACUGCAUUAACGAUGUUGGAUGCUGAUAAAAUGGUUGCAGCAGCAAGUUCUCGUAACCCCACACUCGCUACUGCUUUGACUCGACUUCAAAGGUGUGCCUUUAAUGGCAGUUGGGAGAUCCGUAUAGUUGCUGUGCAAGCUUUGACAACAAUGGCUAUCAGAUCCGGUGAGCCAUACAGGAUACAGAUCUAUGAGUUCUUGAAUGCUUUAGCUCACGGUGGAGUACAGGCAAAGUUUUCUGAUCUGCAUGUUAGUAAUGGUGAAGAUCAAGGGGCAAGUGGCACGGGACUUGGAUCUCUUUUGAGUCCAAUGAUACAAGUGCUUGAUGAAAUGUAUAAAGCACAAGAUGAUCUAAUCAGGGACAUAAGGACCCAUGACAAUGCAAGUAAGGAAUGGACUGAUGAAGAACUGAAAAAAUUAUAUGAGACCCAUGAGAGAUUGCUGGAUUUUGUUUCACUAUUUUGUUAUGUUCCUAGAGCAAAGUAUCUCCCACUGGGACCAACAAGUUCAAAGCUUAUUGAGAUCUACCGCAACAAGCAUAAUAUUAGUGUGUCGACUGGUAUAAGUGGCUUCAGCAGUUUAAAUGAUCCUGCUGUUGCAACUGGGAUUUCUGACCUUAUGUAUGAAACCAAAGCAACACCUACUGAAUCUGAUGGGCUUGAUGACGACCUUGUCAAUGCAUGGGCAGCAAACCUUGGUGACGAUGGCUUGCUGGGAAAGAAUGCGCCUGCAAUGAACAGAGUUAAUGAGUUUCUUGCUGGGAUGGGAACCGAUGCUCCAGAUGUUGAGGAGGAGAACGUCGUUGCUCGGCCUUCUGUUGGUUAUGAUGACAUGUGGGCAAAGACACUUCUGGAGACCACAGAACUCGAGGAAGAUGAUGCGCGGUCAUAUGGAUCAUCUUCUCCAGAUUCAGCAGGAUCAGUUGGGACCUCCAUAUCAUCACAUUUUGGUGGAAUGAAUUAUCCUUCACUUUUUAGUUCAAAACCAUCAUAUGGGGGCUCACAGUCAUCGGUAUUAUCCCAUGGGGGUAGCUCAUCUCUCUAUGAGGGCUAUGGUUCUCCGAUUAAAGAAGAACCACCAUCAUAUGAAUCACACGCCUUUGAGAGAGAUGAUGCAUUUGUUAAUCCGUUAGCUGGCUCUGCAUCUCGUAGUUUUGGAUCCCAGGAUGAAGAACGAGUUUCUUCUGGAAAUCCUCAGCCUGGAACUGCUCUGUAUGACUUUACUGCUGGUGGGGAUGACGAGUUAAAUCUAACAGCAGGCGAAGAGGUUGAAAUUGAGGAUGAAGUGGAUGGCUGGUUUUUUGUAAGGAAGAAACGCCCUGGUAGAGAUGGGAAGGUGGCUGGGCUAGUACCAGUGCUUUAUGUUAAUCAGUCUUGAUGAUCUUUCCUGUGUUUGUGUGGAUAUAAAUCAAUUGCAUCUCAUGAUGUAUUUCAGAAAAGACACAAUUAUUCCCUUGUGGUAUAUGUAAAGAAACUAGUAACUGUAUCUGCGGCUUAAAGAGAGAGUUCACUGGAGGAAAAGGUUUUCUUUUAUUUAUGGUUAAUGCACAUUGUUGUUGCUGACGGAUGAGUCCUGUUGACUAAAAUGUGUCGACUCUAUACUAGAUUUGUAUCAGCUGAUCUGGUCUGCGCCGAUAAGCUUAGUACAUGUUAUCUGUAUAGCUCAUCAGGUGAGCUGCAUUAUUUGAAGCCCUGGUGUUGUUUGUAGUCUGGUUUGUCUUAUGGAAACUCAUGUUGUGAUCGAGUUCCAAAUCAUAAACUGAAAGACAUUGUAGGUAGAACAUAUGUAUAGUUAUAUCUUGGUUGUGUAGACUGCAGUCCAAAUACAGUGUGAUGUAGUUUUGUAGAGUUGACAUUUCAAGAAGUAGGUAUGUAAAACUCAUUCUUUUUUGUAGCAUAUGAUGUGCAACUGACGUCAACGACUUUGUUAUGAUGCACAUUUUUGUAGCAUGUUUCUCGUUUGUGUUA